AUGUGGAGGCCUCUGCCGCUAGCCAUGCUCCGCGCGUAUGGCGAGCUCGUGCGGGCGCUGCCACGGGCGCCUUCCGAGGUGGCACGCACUCUUCUGGCACACAAGUCGCUCGAGGGUACUCUGAAAGUGUUGCUUCAUCAGAUCUCCUAUCUCGUAUGCGAUGCUACGGAGCUACCGGAUGGCGUCGCCGUCGAUCUGCUCAUGGUGCUACAGAGCCUGUACGAACACGGGGACCCCUCCCUCUUGCAGGGCCUGGGCGGCCGUGAGGCCGCGAUUGAUGCAGCCGUGCUGGGACAUGCGUACCAUAUCGAUACGCUCGCCCUCGUGCACGCUCUCUGGCCCCGUAUCGACUGGGCCGAGUGGUGCGGCGUGGCGCUUGCAGCCCUCUCGACGGCCGUGGACCGUUUUUUCCAUGUGCCAUGGAACGAGGGCGUGCGCCGUAUGCGUCGUUCGGCUAUCCUUGCUCAGGCUAUGCUUGCCACCGUGCCCACUGUGUCGCUCCCUUCCAGCCUGGACGGCCCUGCAUGGGGCAGCAUAUUGGGCCGCGCCUACCAUCACACACUCGCUUCGCGGCGCAUUCCACCAGACGAGGCGUCCUCGUCCGCGAGUCCGUGGCCCACAGCAUGGCUCGCCGCCAAGGUUGAAUUCCUGGAAUUGGCCGACGAGGUGCUUCUGCGCACGCCUACUGCCGAUGCUGAGCCGGUCCUUGCGGCGAUGAACGCCUGCGCGGAGGAUGUGCCGGACGCCGUGGCUCUCGUGGACGUCUCCCUUGUGGCGGACCUGCAGGCAGCGUCGCCCCGUGCUACUCAUGUACUGGACGCCAGUCCUACACCGUUCCCAGGCAUGGCCUGGGCCGCCGUGCGCCAGGCUCUUGCGCCGGAGACACGGACAGACCCUGCACUAGUCGAUAUGGUGCUUGCUAUCCUCCCUCACCUGUCCCGGCCUAGCGUAGAGAUGCGCCUCGCCAAGCCGCGGUACCAAGGCAUGUCCCAGGAGGCGAUUAUGGAGGCGUUCCUCGACGACCCCGAUGGCCUGCACGACUUGGACGACGACUACGACCCGUGUGCUGCGGCAUCUCGCGACACGGAAGGGCGCGAGGACGAUGCGCCGCUGUCCUCGGACCUUAAGAAAGCGAUCCUUGCAGCGGCCGAGGCGACCGACGCUCUCGAGGAGGAGUGGGAUAUCGGUACAGAGCUGACACCGGUUCAGCAGGCCGAGCGUGUGCUGCUACAGGCGUAUCUACAGGAUGCGAGCAUGUUUGCUCGUACUAAGAGUGCGCGAGCAUCGCCCCUCCGCACGGAGCUGCGCGAGUCGCUUGCGUCGUUGGGGGCGUGGGGCGACGACCAAAUCGAGGGCUGGGCCGUCAUGCUGGAGCGGAAUCCACGCAAGCAGGACAUGCUUGCGCAGGCGCAGCGCAUGGUGGCACCCAAUAUGAACCAAGCUAGUCAAUCCAGCUGGGGCCCCGACAAGCUCAAGGGCGGGCGUGUGCCGAGUGCGCCACGCGGGGGGCGCCGGGGUCGUGGUGGGGGUCGCGCGCCCGGACGUGGCCGUGGCCGCGGCCGUGGUCAUUAG